CCUACGCUAAAUAAACCCCAUCGACUGUAAUCCUUACUGUACACACUUGAAUCCUCUGCGGGUGUUUUUUGCUUAACUGUUAGCUUGUUUUUCCUCCCCCAACUACAGACAAGAAAUGGACAACUCUGGGAAAGAGAAGGAAGCUAUUCAGCUUAUGGCCGACGCUGACAAAAAAGUCAAGUCGUCUGGUUCUUUUUUGGGAGGGAUGUUUGGAGGGGGACAUCACAAAGUGGAAGAGGCAUGUGAGAUGUACUGCAGAGCAGCCAACAUGUUCAAGAUGGCCAAGAACUGGAGCGGUGCUGGAAAUGCAUUUUGCAAGGCUGCACGUCUCCAUAUGCAGCUGCAGAACAAACACGACUGUGCCACCAGUUUCAUCGAUGCUGGAAAUGCUUACAAGAAGUCUGACCCUAAUGAGGCAAUCAAGUGUUUAAAUGCUGCCAUCGAUAUAUACACAGACAUGGGAAGAUUUACCAUCGCAGCCAAACACCACAUCAGUAUUGCAGAGAUCUACGAGUCUGAACUAGUUGAUAUUGAAAAGGCGAUUGCACAUUAUGAACAAGCAGCAGACUACUACAAAGGAGAGGAGUCGAACAGUGUGGCAGCCCUAAUUGUGUGUGCCCUUGUCUGCCUGAUGCAGGUAAAGGAGUUUGACUCAAUCUCACGUCUGGACCAGUGGCACACAACCCUCCUGCUGCGCAUCAAAAAGACCAUCCAGGGCGAUGAAGGGGAUCUGAAAUGAAAGACACCUCGGGGUAGAAACGCAGCACGGAGGGAAAGUUUAUCACGCAUGCUUUCAAACACACAAACCAACACACACCCUUACACUCCCCUCACUGUGUAUAGCGUCCGGAGAGGAGUGUUCACUGAUGAUUUUUCAAUAUUUCACUGCUCACUUGCUGUUCUUUCAGAGCACUGUCUUUGUUUCAGCGUGUCUGAAUCUGGUCAGAAUGUAAAUCCUCUCGCCCUCACCUCUGUCUAGAGGAUUGCUGCAUACAUUUUUCUCUUGAAAUCUGUCCUGGGGGAUUUCAGAGCAGUGUAUACUGUUUUGAAGUUAGUACUGAUAAGAAAUAUUGCAUGUUUUGUACAGUUAUUGUUUACUAGUCAUAUGCAGCUUCUUUCUCUCUUUUUUUAAAUCUAGUUUAUUGUAUAUUUAAACAGAUUAUGUAAUGUUUCUCAUGCUUUGUAUGAAUUUAAAGAAUGUACCAUUAUCUUAGCUUGUGUUAUUGAGAUGGAAACAGAAAGAUCUUAAAACAAAAUUAAUUUAUUACAUCCACAAACUCUUAUUUAGCUUCCAUUUUAUCACCACAGGGAGGGUAAUGAUAUGCACUAAGUGUAGACUGUUAUACAUUUAUAGGUAAUUUUAUUACUGCUGUUUAUGAUUACGUUAGGAUUUGUCAACUUAAUGAUACUUUGAAUGUUUGAAGCUGCGAUUUAGAGUUUGUACUGUUGAAUGAAAAGCACUGACACAGAUCUCCUUACUUCUUAUACCCAGGGCUGUAAUCCUGUGCUGAUGAGCAUCAUUAGUCACUCAUAAUGUGCUGUAAACGUAUCAUUGAAGGUUUACUACUGCACUGUAAACCUUGCAAAUGGCCAGUCGCUAAGCAUGUCAUUGUGUAUAGUUCAGUGUUGUGUACUUUCACUAUUGUUAGCCAGACCAAAGUGUUUACUAAAGGGUCAGUUGCCCCGUGUACCCAGCUGCUCCCAGGUGGGAUAACAGUGGGCUGUGGAUUUGAUCAGUAUGCUUGUGCAAAUGGAAAUUAAUAAAGGCAUUAUAUCCCA